AUGGUGGUUCACCUUGCGCUGGGCGUGACCCUGCGUGAUGACGUCAGGCGCUUUUUAUGGAGAACACAAACACCGGACGCUCACCGUACAAUUUGGAUGCUCAAAAACGAGCAGGACAGCGAGGGAGUCGGUACCAUGAAGGGUCUUUCUUCGCCUGAGUCUCCCAGAAAGAAGACCGUAAGAAGGGUGUCCAAGCCUUUGAUGGAGAAACGCAGGCGCGAGCGCAUCAACCACAGCUUGGAAACUUUGAGACUUUUGAUGCUGGAAAACACACACAAUGAGAAACUGAAGAAUCCAAAAGUGGAGAAGGCAGAGAUCCUGGAGAGUGUGGUUGAAUUCCUGAAGACAGAGAAGGGUCAUCAGACCGGGAGGUCAAGCUGCCCCCGCCAGCACAACUACCGUGAAGGCAUGAGGUCCUGUCUGCUGAGGGUCAGCCAGUUCAUAGCCACCAAAAGCCAGGAGAUGGAGACCGCUGGCGAUGCAGUCCAGGCUUCCUUUGCGCUUCCCAAGCCUCAGAUGCUGCCCUCCUCUCCUGGGGAGGUCCACAUGUCACCGACGGCUGUUGUUGACCCCUCUGCUCAGAGACGCCUCACGCAGCCUGCAGGCCUCCACGGGGACACAGGGAAGAUGUUCUCCUCAGGAGACCCAACACACCUCACGGAUCCAGUGUGGAGACCCUGGCCUCAGUGACAUUGUAUUUGACAUGGCGUGUGUUAGCAACUGUAAAUGUGUAUUUCUAAUGUACAGCAAGAAUUUAUUUGUACAGCGAACACGUUUCAUGACACCCUUUGCAUAGAAGAGCGUGUCGUGUCAAUAUGAAGUGAGACUUUUUCAGGUUUUCUGGGAAUAAUGUGGCCAUGUAUGCCUGCAUAUUGCAGUUUUUUUCCUUUUUUAAUUUUUUUAAUGAUUAUGUGGUGUUUCUAAAUACCCAGAUGUAAAGAUAUUUUCUCUGCUUGCUUUUUCCACAACAGCCGGUGGUGUAUUUUUAUCCCUUUCUGCUACCUACAUACUUGCUGCUAAGACUUUUCCUUUUUUUCCCUCCAAAGAUUGACUGGCUUAUCUCCCUGUUUUUAAUAAAAGCACAAUUUCCUGACCAUUCUAGAUCCUCAGAGUGGCCUAUUUGCUGUGCGAAUGGCAG